AUGAUUAAAUGUCAGUUUAAUCGAUCCCUGAGAGUUGUUCGCAGUGACAAUGGUACUGAGUUUAAUUGUUUGCAAGGUUAUUUCUUUAAAAAUGGGAUUCUGUUUGAGUCGUCAUGUGUUGGGACACCUCAACAGAAUGGGAGAGUCGAGAGGAAGCACCAACAUAUUUUGAAUGUUGGGAGAGCGUUACGGUUUCAAGGGAAUCUUCCUAUAAAAUUUUGGGGGGAAUGUAUUCUGGCUGCUUGUCACUUGAUCAAUCGUACACCUACACCGGUCCUUGACAAUAAAACCCCUUAUGAGAUGUUAUUUGGAAAACCACCAUCGUAUGUGUCUAUCCGGGUAUUUGGGUGUCUGUGUUAUGCGUAUAAUCUCCGGAGUAAAGGGGAUAAGUUUGCGUCUCGUGGUCGCAAAUGUGUGUUUCUGGGUUACCUGUUUGGCAGGAAGGGAUGGCAACUGUACGACCUGGAGACACACGAGUUCUUUGUCUCACGGGAUGUAAAAUUUCAUGAACGGACGUUUCCAUUCGCAGACACGUCGACUAUGUUGCCUGCAAUGCAUGAUGGUGGUGGGGUGCUUGACCAAUGGGGUUUGGAUGAGAGUGGGACUGGAUGUACUCAGGAGGUGUCGCCUGCAGGUGACAAUGAGGAAGUGUCGUCACCUGCAGGUGCCACAGAGGAGGUGUCGUCGCCUGCGGGUGACACGGAGGAGGUCUUGUCGACUGUGAGGGAGGAAAAACAUGAUACACCUAGUCGAGGUGAAUCAGACGUCGUCUCAGGUGUAGAUGAGACGACGGGUAGUGAUGAGAGUGAGACAAGGCAGAAAUAUCUCAAGUUGGUAGACCUCGGAGAAGAUGUUGGUAGAGUGAGUACGAAUGUACGAUGUCUAGGAGCCACCCACGUUUACAAGGUGUUUACACUUUUCCUUUGUUGCAUGCAAACUCGACGUGCAGGCUCACAGAAUUUGAUUCCUAUUGAUCUUGAAAUCGAGGCCACUGCACGCAAGCAAGGGGGUAGAAGGAGACAGAACAAGAACAAGAAGAAGGAUACAAUGGGUGACGAAGUACCAGCCAAAUCUCUCUGGGAAUAUGGUAUACCAGAUACAACUACUGGUGUACUUUCUAGUAUUGUCAGACCAGCUGUCACUGCUGCACACUUUGAACUGAAGCCUCAAUUUAUUCAGUUCAUCUCCAAUGAUUCAUUCUCAGGCUCGCCUAAUGACUGUCCUGUAAGUCAUAUUGAUAACUUUCUGGAGAAGUGUGAUACUAUGAAGAUCAACAAUGUCACUGAUGAGGCCAUUAGGCUACGACUUUUCCCUUUUUCUCUACGGGAUAGAGCCAAGGAGUGGUUGAAAGAUGAAGGUACAGGCUCGUUUGAUACAUGGGAUAAAUUGGUCAAGGCAUUCUUGGUGAAAUUUCUGGAUCAAGAGAAGACUUCUAGAAUGAGAAAUGAGUUAACCACCUUUCGUCAAGCUGAAGAUGAGUCAUUGUAUGAGUCCUGGAGAAGAUUUAAACGUUUGCAAAGGCAAUGUCCUCAUCACGGGAUUCCAGAGUGGCUCUUGAUCCAAGCUUUCUAUAAUGGGUUGACGCAUGAGUAUCGGAUCUACAUUGAUGCUGCAUCAGGUGGCUCUAUCACUGCCAAGGUUCCAUCUGAAGCUAAGGCAUUAAUUGAGAAAAUGGCAGCUAAUGACAACUAUCACCCAGGUGGUCGGAACAGUGCUAAAAAGGGAGGUAAAUAUAAUGUUGAUGCUUUAACCAUGUUGACCAGUACUGUGCAGGCACUAUCUCAAAAGUUUGAUCAAUUUCAAACUGGUUCAUCUACGGUAGCUUCAUGUGAAGUAUGCGGAAUACAAGGACAUAUUGCUAAUGAUUGUCAAAUCAAUAAUGCUGGGUUGACAAUUGAACAAGCCAAUGCUCUCUACAACAACAAUAAUCAUAGACGACCAUUUGAUCCUUAUUCCAAUACAUACAACGAGGGGUGGAAGCAAAAUCCAGCAUUCUCAUACAAGAACACUCAAAAUCAGCUUAAUCCACCACCACCGCGCAACAACUUCAAUCAACCUCCAGGUUUUCAAGCUAGACCGCCUUUCAACCAGCAAUCUUUCACUCAACAAGCCCCUCCACGACCAAAGUCCAAUUUGGAAGCUAUGGUUGAGUCUCUUGCUGCCUCACAACUUAAGCAAGACAAGUAUUGGGAAGGGCAGAUGAAGCAAAAUGAGUUCCUCGCUACCUCAAUUCAACAAAUUCAAGCUCAGAACAAGCUUAUGGAGAGUCAGAUAAGUCAACUUGCUCACCAAGUGGGUCAAUUCUCAAAGACUCCAGGCCAAUUCCCUGGAAAUACUGAGCAACCACCUAAGGGUCAGAUGAAUGCUGUUACUUUGAAGAAUGGUAGAGUGUUAGAAGACCUUCCACCAAAGGUACCUCAAAAGAAAGUGAUUGUGGUAGAAGAUGAGAAAGAUGAAUCUGAAAAAAUGGUUGAAGAAGAAAAGAAGGAACCUAUUAUUUCCCCCAUUGAGCCAUACAAGCCACCUGCUCCUUUUCCACAAAGACUAGCACAGGCUAAGCUAGAGAAGAAAUAUGGGAAGUUCCUUGAGGUACUGAAGAAGCUGCACAUCAACAUCCCUUUCUUGGAUGCUAUCUCAGAGAUGCCUUCUUAUGCUAAGUUCUUGAAAGACAUGCUCUCAAAUAAGAGGAAGAUCGAAGAGAAUGCAACUGUUUCAUUGACAGCUGAGUGCAGUGCCAUUUUGCAGAACAAGCUUCCAAAGAAGCUAGGAGAUCCAGGCAGUUAUUCCAUUCCUGUCAAGCUUGGUGAUAUUGAGAUCAAGAAAGCAUUAUGUGAUCUUGGGGCAAGUGUGAGUCUUAUGCCCUUGUCAAUCUGCAAGAAGCUUAAUAUGGGUGAACUGAAGCCCACACGCAUCUCCCUACAACUGGCGGAUAGAACAGUCAAGUUUCCCCUUGGUAUCCUUGAAGAUGUUCCACUCCGAGUAGGAAAAUUCUUCAUUCCAUGUGAUUUUGUUGUGAUGGAAAUGGAGGAAGAUGCACAGGUUCCCAUCAUACUUGGAAGACCCUUUUUGGCCACUGCUGGAGCCAUAAUUGAUAUGAAGAAUGGGAAGAUCACCUUUGAAGUGGGUGACGAGAAGAUGGAGUAUACACUCACAAACUCCAUGGGUUCUCCUUCUAUGGGAGAAACUAUCUAUAGGGUGGUUGCUCUUGAUGAGGCGAUAGAAGCUAAGGCUUUCAGUUUGCAACUUGAUGAUUCGCUACAGACAGUCUUGAUGGGCAGUGCAGAUGAAGAGGAUUGGGAGACUAGGGAGUACAAGAGGCUCUUGGAAGAGACACGAGCUUUAGCAUCUGAAAAUCCUAUCAAGGAGGUGUUGAAACCGAGAGAAUAUAAGGAGAGUUCCACGCCUCCUGAGGUAGAGUUGAAACCCCUUCCCUCUAAUUUGAAGUAUGUUUUCUUGGGUUCUAAUGAUACAUACCCUGUUAUUGUUAAUGUUGAACUUGAUGACAUUCAGAUUGAGCAAUUGCUUACUGUUUUGAGAAAAUAUAAGAAUGUCAUUGGGUACACCAUUGAUGAUAUUAAGGGGAUUAACCCUUCAUUUUGCAUGCAUAAAAUCAUUCUUGAGGACGAUCAUGCUUCUUCUAUUGAACCUCAAAGGAGACUUAAUCCUAACAUGAGGGAUGUAGUCAGGAAAGAAGUUGUUAAAUUGCUUGAUGCAGGUAUAAUCUACCCUAUCUCAGAUAGUAAGUGGGUUAGCCCGGUGCAAGUAGUUCCAAAAAAAGGAGGUAUGACCGUUGUCAAGAAUGAUAAAGGUGAGCAAAUUCCCACUAGAACUGUGAUAGGGUGGCGCAUGUGCAUUGAUUAUAGGAGAUUGAAUAAAGCCACCCGAAAAGAUCAUUUCCCCCUCCCAUUUAUUGAUCAGAUGUUAGAGAGGUUGGCAAAGCAUUCCUUUUUCUGUUGGUUAGAUGGAUAUUCAGGCUUUUUCCAAAUUCCUAUCCAUCCCGACGAUCAGGAAAAGACUACUUUCACAUGCCCUUAUGGUACUUAUGCUUAUCGUAGGAUGCCAUUUGGAUUAUGUAAUGCUCCUGCCACCUUUCAAAGAUGCAUGAUGGCAAUUUUCUCAGGUCUUAUUGAGAACUCUAUGGAAGUAUUUAUGGAUGACUUCUCUGUCUAUGGAACAUCUUUUGAUGUUUGUCUUGAUAAUUUGGAAAAGGUGCUCCAUAGAUGUCAAGAAGUCAAUCUAGUUCUCAAUUGGGAAAAGUGCCAUUUCAUGGUACAACAGGGAGUCGUUUUAGGUCAUGUUGUUUCUCAUAGGGGCAUCAAAGUUGAUAGAGCAAAGAUAGAGGUCAUUGAGCGCUUACCACCUCCCAACUCCGUAAAAGGGGUAAGGAGUUUCCUUGGUCAUGCGGGCUUUUAUCGUCGUUUUAUCAAGGACUUUUCAAAAAUUGCUCGGCCUCUAACCGAACUCUUAUGCAGAGAUGUCCCCUUUGUUUUUACUGAUGCUUGCACUGAGGCUUUUGACAGGUUAAAGCAAGCUCUCAUAUCUGCCCCUAUCAUUCAGUCACCUGACUGGAAUCUUCCAUUUGAGAUCAUGUGUGAUGCCAGUGACUAUGCAGUGGGGGCAGUGUUGGGCCAGAGGAAGGAUGGCAAGCUACAUGCAAUCUACUAUACGAGCAAGACUCUUGCUCCAGCACAAAUGAACUAUGCCACAACAGAGAAAGAGUUAUUAGCAGUGGUGUAUGCUAUGGAGAAGUUUCGGUCCUAUCUGGUUGGAUCGAAGGUGAUAGUUCACACGGAUCACGCAGCACUGAAGUACUUGAUGAGUAAGAAAGAUGCUAAGCCUCGUUUGAUUCGUUGGAUUUUGCUACUCCAAGAAUUUGACUUGGAAAUUAGGGACAAGAAGGGAGCCGAAAAUGUUGUUGCUGAUCAUCUCUCCCGACUUGUCCUUGAGGGUGAAAGUGACGAGGAUCUCCCUAUUGAUGAUUCAUUUCCUGAUGAGAAACUCCUAGUUAUAGCUACUACAGAGAUCCCAUGGUAUGCUGAUAUAGCCAAUUAUCUGGCUUGUGGUACUAUUCCUCACGGUUAUUCAUCACAGCAAAAGAAGAAAUUCUUUAAGGAGGUGAGAAGACAUUUCUGGGACGACCCUUUUCUUUAUAAGUCUUGUGCAGAUGGGGUGAUUCGAAGGUGCAUUCCAGAAAAUGAGGUACCAUCUAUUAUUUCACAUUGUCAUGAAUUACCUUGUGGAGGACAUGCUGGUACUACUAAGACUUCUGCGAAGAUUCUACAGUGUGGUUUUCAUUGGCCAAGCCUUUUCAAAGAUGUUCAUCAACAUGUCAAGUCUUGUGAUCGUUGUCAACGAACUGGUAACAUCUCUAAGAGGAAUGAAAUGCCUCUUAAUAAUAUUCUCGAGGUUGAACUGUUUGAUGUGUGGGGAAUUGAUUUUAUGGGACCGUUCCCUUCUUCCUAUGGGAACAAGUAUAUCUUGGUUGCUGUGGAUUAUGUCUCGAAAUGGGUUGAAGCGAUAGCUACUCCAACCAACGAUGCUCGUGUGGUAAGCAAGUUCUUUAAGAAAACUAUUUUUCCUCGAUUUGGCAUACCACGAGUGUUGAUUAGUGACGGAGGCCAGCAUUUCUUGGAAAAUCGGUUUGAGGCGAUGCUUAAGAAAUAUGGAGUACAUCAUCGUGUGGGGUUAUCAUACCACCCACAAACUAGUGGUCAAGUAGAAAUUUCUAACCGGGAAAUCAAAACCAUCUUGGAAAAGACGGUUGCGAGAACAAGGAAAGAUUGGUCUGCGAAAAUUGAUGAUGCACUUUGGGCGUACAGGACUGCUUUUAAAACGCCUAUUGGUACGACUCCGUAUAGACUUGUGUAUGGCAAGGCUUGUCAUCUUCCUGUUGAGUUGGAACACCGUGCGUUUUGGGCUAUCAAAGCUCUUAAUUUUGACUCUCAAGCAGCAGGCGAGAAGAGACUCCUACAACUUAAUGAGCUAGAUGAGCUUCGACUAGAUGCUUAUGAAAGUUCAAGGUUGUACAAGGAGAAAACGAAAAGAUGGCAUGACAAGCAUAUUUUGAGAAGAGAGUUUAAGGGAGGCGACUUAGUUCUCCUCUUUAACUCUAGAUUAAAACUUUUUCCUGGCAAACUCCGCUCUAGAUGGUCGGGACCGUUCCGAGUCAAUAAGGUUUUCCCGUAUGGUUCGAUAGAGCUCUGGAACAGACAGAAUGGAACUUUUAAGGUGAACGGUCAAAGAGUGAAACACUACAGAGUUGGAGACCCCAUUGACGAGAGUGUUGACAUUACACUUUCCGAACCUUCACCGGAAUGAAUUGCAAAGGAGGUCGAGCUUAUGACCUUAUAAACAAGCGCU